CACAAACAAGAAACACACAAUAUAAAUCCUCCUCAAAUUGCUCACACUGCUCCCUCUCGCCUCUCCAAACGAAUUUACCAAAAUUACUUUUUCUUGGAGCACAAUUUACUUCUCUCGUUCCAACGUCUUGAUCGCUCGCCGCCAUGGGUAGAAAAUUUUUCGUCGGAGGCAACUGGAAAUGUAACGGUACUACCGAUGAGGUUAAGAAGAUCAUCUCAACACUUAAUGCUGCUGAAGUUCCCUCUCAGGACGUAGUGGAGGUGGUUGUCUCUCCUCCAUACGUGUUUCUUCCAUUGACCCAGGCUUCAUUGCGACCGGAUUUCCAUGUUGCAGCCCAGAACUGCUGGGUUAAGAAAGGAGGUGCUUACACCGGUGAAGUUAGUGCCGAGAUGCUUGUCAAUUUGGGUGUUCCAUGGGUCAUCAUUGGUCACUCUGAAAGGAGACAACUGUUGGGUGAAUCAAAUGAGUUCGUUGGGGAAAAGGUUGCAUAUGCUCUCUCACAAGGAUUGAAGGUCAUUGCUUGUGUUGGGGAGACACUUGAACAGAGGGAAUCAGGUUCAACAAUGGAAGUUGUUGCUGCUCAGACCAAGGCCAUUGCAGAUCGAGUAUCAGACUGGACUAACAUUGUCAUUGCUUAUGAGCCUGUUUGGGCUAUUGGAACUGGAAAGGUUGCAACUCCUGCUCAGGCUCAAGAAGUACACCAUGAAUUGAGGAAGUGGCUUCAUGCCAAUACUAGCCCUGCUGUGGCUGAGUCAACCAGAAUCAUCUAUGGAGGUUCUGUGAAUGGUGCCAACUGCAAGGAGUUGGGUGGCCAACCAGAUGUGGACGGAUUUCUUGUAGGUGGAGCUUCUUUAAAGCCGGAGUUCAUCGACAUUAUCAAGGCUGCAGAGGUGAAGAAGAGUGCUUAAGCUGCUCUACACUCAGCUGUUAGUGAGAAUUGUUUUUGGAUCUUUUGCUUGGGGGCUUGAACUUGGAUUAAACCGUGGUCUUUUUCUUUCAGCACCUCUGAUUAGAGUGAUCGAUGUAAUAACAAACCAAUACUUGUGAUACUAUUUACUGUUUUCCUUACUGGUUGAGUACCCCCUCCAUUUUUCCAAUAAAAAGUAGUAGUUUGAAUUGCGGUUCAAUGGCACUGAGUUUUGUUCAGAGUAUCUGGUGGCAACACCGGCUAUAUUGGAUAUCAUCAUAUAGGGUUGUGCUGGGUCAGUUCAAUCCCAGCUUCACAAAUCAAGAAUGGUGGUGUAGCCCAUGUAAUGUUUUCAAAAUAGUAGUCUCUUGGCAUAUGGCUACAAAUUAAUCGGAGGUUCUGACCUGUUUAAACAAAUGUUGAUGAUGUUGGUUAUGCGUCCUUGGGAACAUUAUUUUUUGAUUGGGAUUAUCGGCGAGGUGGCAAUGUGUUAUCUCAUCUGAAUGUUUGCUUACGUGUAUGCGGUCGUCAGUCAGUCCCACUCUUACAAAGUCAAUCCAUAAGAUAAUAAAAUCUCUCCUGGUUUAGGUAAACUUUUGCAACUGGAAUUGGGUAAGAUGGCACGUAAGAUUCAUACAUCAUGACUCAUUCUAGAAAUUCCCUGAUGCAAUGUAUGCUAGCUUUUCUCAUGAAAUAGACAAACGUCUGUAUUUUGUGUUAGGACUACUGUCUUACAAAGUAUUGAUUAAAAAGUUGAUAAUUGUC